AUGGAAUCAUCAAACUCCAAUCCAAUGCACCACAGAAACCACCUACCACCGCCAACUGCAGAAAAGGAUGCUUUGGCCUCUGACUCUAAUUCUUUCCUCCCACCCUGCACUCCUCCUGUGCCACACAUUCCAGCAUCUGAUUAUACAUCAUCUUACACGGCUCUCAAAGUAACUGCUGUGCUGGCAAACGCGGCUACGCCCCGCCAGACCACCGAUGGUAACGGCAGCCACGAAGAAGCCAGCCCGCCGCCCGCCCCUCAGGCCCAGCCGGGCCCCAGACCCCGCCUGGCAUCGGUGCGGCCGCCGCUCAGCCGCGCCUCAAGGGCGUCUCCUUACACCUCCCAGGGACCAGGCCCCCCGCACCCGCAAAGGCGCCACUGCAGCUCCCGCCAGGUCCGCAGCGGCUGCCGGUUGCCCCUUUCCAGGGCCAGGCGGAGCCCGAGAACCGCCAUCAACACAGCCCUAAUCCCGCUUCCCCGCCGCCCCCGCCCCACUUCGUGGCCACAGCCCGCCUCACCUCCCGAUCUCACUAGAGGCCACCGAACCGGGGCGCCGGCGCUCCGUCUGUCUCCAGUCAAAGGAGACGCGAAGCGGAAGGAACCUUCGGCUUACGCACACUCGGAGCCGGCUGGGCCUGCGACCAAUCAGAGAGGAUCGUCCGAUCGUCUAGCCAAUCAUCUGGGGGCUGCUGGGCCUCACGGCGCUACGUCACGAACGGUCGCCUUAACAACCUCCCACAGCUCUCACUGCUGCGGACAACAGGCACCGCACCAUCUCUCACCAUGGCUCGGCCAACCAAUAGCUAGUCGAGUCCCAGAACUAGGGCCUGCCUAUUGGCCCAAGAGCCCUGGGGGCGCAAGCAUGUGGAAGGAAACCGUUUUCACAGUGAAGAAGACUGUAGUGAACCAAACAAGAUUGAAUUAUUCUAAGUCUUAUCAAAAGGAAGGAGAAGGAGAAAAGAAGAAAAAGAGGAAGAAGUGGAAGAGGAAGAAGAAAAAGCAGAAGGAGGAGAAGGAGUGAAGGAAGGAAGGCGACCUUCUCGCUCCAACAAAAAGAAAAAGAGGGAAGAAUGUUGUGGUACGGAGAAAGAAGGCCUCCUGAUUCCAGCAGGCCUUAGGUGAAGUGAAGUGCUCCUUCCCGCUUUUCCACUUCCUCCUGAUCCGCUUUCUCAGGCAGGCCCAGUGGAGUCUGAAACUUCAACCUGCCUCUUCGUUGAUCCUAUUCCUUUUUUUUACCAGAGAAAAGUAGUAGGACUUUCUUGCUUUGGGUUCCUGAAGGCAAAGACUGAGUCAAAAACUGAGGUGAAACAGCUUAUUUGGGGAUGAUCCCAGAAAGUCAGAACAAAAAUGCACAGUAUAGUGGGAAAGAAGGAAAAGCCAAUAUCCAGCUAGUUGCCGUUGUGGACAAGUAGGGCUCAACCCUGCUGAGGAACCUCUGAAGAGCCCUGUAAAAUGCACUUCUGAAGGAUAGUGGGAUGCAGUGGGACCAUUCAUUCACCAACUCCAGUCCUUCUUUGGUUUAGAAAUGCCCUCUGGAGCAUACUUCCAGCUGUAUGUGUACAAGGAGUGAUGUACUGAAGCUUUGGAAAAACCUUGAGGCAGAAAAGUUGAAAGACUUGACAGUGAGCUCUUGAAGAGAGAAGCUUUUAGCCUGCCAGGAAUUGUCUCCCACACUUGCAGUCGAAGGUGGUACAUGGCAGGAAGGAGAUUCAGCAAGGAGUAACAUGUCCUCUAGAAGGACUGCAUUAUGGGUUACCAUGCCGGUCUUUCUGGUAUUUUCAUUCCUUUACCUUCCCAUUGGGCCUCUUUUGAUUGUUUCCCUAAGCUAUUUUAGAAGAUGGCCUGAAAUUAUUAUAAUUCCCUUCUCAUGGUUAGGCAAUAGUAUUCCAUUCAUCAAUCACAUUCUAAAGGUGUCUUAUUUUCUUAUUCUGGUUAUCCUUGGACUCUGAGUAGGUCUGGUGUAGUUGUUGAUGAUUCUAACAGUGAAGCUCUGACUCUAAUAAACACUGUUAAGCAGGAACUUGUAUAGUCAUAUGAAAUCAACAAACAUUUCUUGCAGUAAAUAUUUCAAAGAAAGGACAAGAGAGCCGAUGGGUAGUUAAAUAGAAGUUCAUGGAGCUUUUACACACAGAUGCAAUUACUCUGUUUCCAGUAUCUAAAAUCUCGUCUUUGCCAGACAGAGGAGUCAUAUUAUCUGUGGGGGUUAGGUUCUAAAAUCAGUGUAAAAAUGGAAUUCCAAUAGGAUGUUGGGACUUUCUUUUUUUAAACAGUAUGGGGAGGGAAAAUUUCAGAGUUAAAAAUAUUCUUGAAUCUCUUUAUAUUUCAUAGGAUAUUGUGUACAUGUUUUGUUUUUAUAGAUUUGACAGAAAUUCCUAUGCACAUGAGGUUUGAAACCUCUGACAAUUGUAGAGUCUAUCUAAAGAUAGUUAAUCAUUUCCUACCUUUCUGCCCUUAAGACUGCAGUAUUAAAUCCUAAAAUGAAUGGGAGCUAGGUAGUGAAUGCUACUAUGUUCAUGCUUGCCCACAGGGUUUCCCUAAUUGGUAUCACCCCACUAUAUGCUAUUAGAUUUGAGAUGUGUUUGUUGUCAUGAAUAUUUAUCCAUUAUUGGUGAUAUUUUCUUCCAGUUGGUCAUGUGUCAUGCCUUUUGCAUGGCAAAAAGGUCAUGGCACAAACAUUAAAGGCAUUAAAGGCAUUAAAAAAGGCAAAAACAUUAAAUGUUUUUGAAUUUUAUUUAUUUAUUUAUUUUUGAGAGAGAGAGAGAGACUCUGAACAGGGAGGGCAGAGAGAGGGGGACAGAGGAUCCUAAGUGGACUCUGGGCUGACAGCAGUGAGCCCAAUGCAGGGCUCAAACUCACAAACUGUGAGCUGAAGUCAGACACUAAACUGGCUGAGAAACCCUAAAAAAAUUUUUUUUUAAUAUAUAAUUUAUUGUCAAGUUAGCUAACAUACAGUGCAUACAGUAUGCUCUUGGCUUCGGGAGUAGAUUCCUGUGAUUCAUCACUUACAUACAACAGACAGUGCGCAUCCUGACAAGUGCCCCCCUCAAGGCCCAUCAUCCAUUUCCCUGGCCCCCACCACCCACUCCCUUCCACCUUCAGUUUGUUCUCUGUAUUUAAAAGUCUCUUAUGGUUUCCCUCCCUCUCUGUAACUAUUUUUUUCUUUCCCUUCCCCCAGGUCUUCUCUUAAGUUUCUCAAUUUCAACAUAUGAGUGAAAACAUAUAUCUGUCUUUCCCUGACUGAAUUAUUUCACUUAGCAUAAUACACUCUAGUUUCAUCCUCAUCAUUGCAAAUGACAAGAUUUCAUUCUUUCUGAUGGCCAAGUAAUAUUCCAUUGUAUGUAUACACUACACCAUUGUUAUUUAACAUAGUAUUGGAAGUCCUAGUUUCAACAAUCAGACACAAUAAGAAAUGAGAGGCAUCCAAAUCGGCAAGGAGGAAGUCAAAACCUCAAAGACUCCACCAAAAUAAUUGCUAGAACUGAUACACGAAUUCAGCAAAGUCGCAGGACAUAAAAUCAACGUACAGAAAUGCGUUGCAUUUCUAUAGACCAAUAAUGAAGAAGCAGAAAGAGAAAUCAUAGAAUCGAUCCCAUUUACGAUUGCACCAAAAAACAUAAGAUACCUAGGAAUAAAUCUAACCAAAGAGGUAAAAGAUCUAUACUCUGAAAACUAUAGAACACUUAUGAAAGAAAUUGAAGAGGAUAGAAAGAAAUGGAAAAAUAUUCCAUGCUUAUGGGUUGGAAAAACAAACAUUGUUAAAAUGUCCAUACUACCCAAAGCAAUCUACACAUUAAUGCAAUCCCUAUCAAAAUACCACAAGCAUUUUUCACAGAGCUAGAACAAACAAUCCUAAAAUUUGUAUGGAACCACAAAAGACCCUGAAUAGCCAAAGCAAUUUUGAAAAAGAAAAACAAAGCUGGAGGCAUCACGAUUUCAGAUUUCAAGCUUUGUUCCAUUACAAAGCUGUAAUCAUCAAGACAGUAUGGUACUGGCACAAAAAUAGAUACAUAGUUCAAUGGAACAGAAUAGAAACCGAGCAAUGGACCUACAACUAUAUGGUUCUAUAGGCGAUAAUCUUCAAUAAAGCAGGAAAGAAUAUCCAAUGGAAAAAAAAAACCCAGUCUCUUCAACAUAAAUGCUAUUGCAAAAACUAGACAGCAACCUGCAAAAGAAUGAAACUGGACCACUUUCUUACACUAUACACAAAUAUAAAUUCAAAAUGGAUGAAAAACCUAAAUGUGAGACAGGAAACCAUCAAAAUCCUAAAGAAGAACGUAGUCGGCAACCUCUUUGACCUCAACCAUAGCAACUUCUUAACUAGACACAUCUCUGGAGCCAAGGGAAACAAAAGCAAAAUGAACUAUUGUGACCUCAUCAAGAUAAAACUCUUGUGGACAGCAAAGGAAACAAUCAAGAAAACUAAAAACAGGCUACGGAAGGUAAGAAGAUAUUUGCAAAUAACGUAUGUGAUAAUGGGUUAGUAUCCAAAAUCUAUAAGGAACUUAUCAGACUCAACACCCCCCACCAAAAUAAAUAAAUAAAUAAUCCAGUGAAGAAAUGGGCAGAAGAUACGAAUACACAUUUUUUUUCCAAAGGACAUCCAGACGACCAACAGACACAUAAAAAGAUGCUCAACAUCACUCAUCAUUAGAGAAAUACAAAUCAAAACCACAAUGAGAUAACACCUCACAUCUGUCAAAAUAGCUGAAAUUAACAGCUCAGAAACAACAGAUGUUGGCAAGGAUGUGUAAGGGGAAACAUCUCACAUGAUUGGUGGGAAUACAAACUGGUGCAGCCACUCUGGAAAACAGUACAAAAGUUCUUCAAAAAGUUAAAAGUAGAACUACCCUAUGAUCCAGUAAUUGCACUACUAGGUAUUUACCCAAAGGAUGCAAAAAUGCUGAUUCGAAGGGGCACAAGCACCCUGAUGUUUAUAGCAGCACUAUCAGCAAUAGCCAAACUAUGGAAAGAGCACAAAUGUCCAUUGACUGAUGAAUGGACAAACUAUUAGAAUUAAUAUAUAAAUUAAUCAAGAUCACUGACACAAGGAUAAUACUCUAAAAAUCAAUUAUAUUUUUGUGUUCAAGCUUCAAAUAAAUAAAAAUUGGACUUAAAAACACAGUGUUGGAGUGCCUGGGUGUCUCAGCUGGUUUAAGUAUCUGACUUCGGCUCAGAUCAUGAACUUACGGUUUGUGGGUUUGACCCCUGCAUCAGUCUCUGUGCUGACAGUUCAGAGCCUGGAGCCUGCUUUGGACUUUGUGUCUCCCUCUCUCUCUGCCCCUCCACUGC